AUGGCGCGCUUUUUCCUCUUGCAGCCCCUGCUUUUCCUUUGUUGGGUCACUUGUAUAUUUGCCAUCCCUCGCGAGCUUGUAGCUCGGCAGGGUGGCUGUAUUUCAACUCCAAGAUCGACUAGUCUAGUUAGAAAUGGUGCUAUCGUUGUUGAUCUGCGACCAUCUUCGUUUGGCUCUCUAAAUCAUGGGAUGUAUUUUAGCCCGAAUUCAGAUUUCGAUCCAUUCCAAGUAGUUGCUUAUCAGAGACAUGAUCAAGCAGGGUGGGACCUUCAUAUGGGGAUUCGACGGAAUCAUGCUAUAACUAUUGGUCGUACCCAAUUCAUGCGUUUUUACUGGUCCUUGAAUGGGCCGCAUGGAACCACAAAUUUAUCUCAUGGCCCCCUUAGCCCAUGUUCAUUGACGAUUUUAGCACCCAGGUGGAUGCUAUCGGAUACAAAGGCUCAAUAUAAUGCAUUGUGGGAUCAGGGCGGAAGAAUGACAGUUCCAGGUACCAAUUCGCCAGUAGGUUGGUAUUUCUUUGCGAAGAAAAGAAACUGA